GCAUUUCAUGUAACAUUUUCGGUAAAAAAGAGAAGAAUAGUUGUUCAUCUUGCUUGGUAAUCAUCCUGAUUCUCUCGACUUUUUUAUUAGUAGAUAAAUAAAGAACGUUUACAACAAUAAAAAUAUCUUCAAAUGUACUGGCAGGAAGUAAUCAAAAAUUAUAAAACUGAAAAACUAAUACCUGGUGCAAUUUAUACAAGCAAAACAAUCAGAAAAACUCCUAAUAUUAUUAAAUCAAAUUUAAUGUUUUGUUAUAAUAUUUUGUAUGAACUUGAAAAUACAAUUUGAGCUUGUCCAUUUUAUAAGUUUGAUAAAAAAAUUAGAUGCUUAUAAUCUUGUAAUUAAUCCAAUGGAUUUAUUUACUAUUAAUUUAAAAUUAGUAAAUAAUCAAUAUUCAAAUCCAAGUGAAUUUAAAGACGAUAUGAAUUUAAUAUUUAAUAAUUGUUUUAUCUCUAAUGAUAUUGGAACUGAAAUGUAUAAUUUAGGUAAAGAAUUAAAUUGUAAUUUUAAGGAAUGUUGGACUGUUUAUUAUUAUCAAGAACAAAAUAGUUUAGAACAAGAACUUUUUCACAUUGAACCAGAAGAUUUACAAGGAUUUCAAAUUGAACAAGAAUAUUCACAAGAAUUUCAAUUUGAACAAGAGACCUUCAAAUUGAAUAGCAGCGCACACCAUCCCUUCAUACUUACCACGUAUAGUGGCCUCUCCAAUAUGUUUGGAAAUCAUUAA